AGUGCCCCUACUCCAGCCUGUCAAUCCUUGCCACUCACACCCAUGACCUUCAGGCAGCUUGGGUGGUAGAGGGUUGGCACAAUGCAUGGAGCAGACAGUGGACCGAGACCCGGCCUGGACUCUGGACCCCCCGAGGAAACAGGAGCAGCCCAGAGCAGCCCCACUGUAACCAUGGCCGACGUAAGACUGGUCUCUGCCACGUGUGUCUCCAAAGGCCCCCUGACCCCGGAGCCCUCUGCCCCGCCAGGGGAAGCCCCUACCUUUACGCUGCCCCCCAGGAACCUCUGCGUGCCCGAGGGGAGCACCGCCCGCUUUGAAGGCAAGGUGCGGGGUUUCCCUGAGCCAAACAUCACCUGGCACCGCGCCGGCCAGCGGGUGCCCAGCGGGGACCGUUUCCUGGCAGAGCCUGGCUGGCACGGCCGGUUCAGCCUGGUGAUCAGCAGCGUGUGCAGCGAGGACGCAGGCAGGUACACGUGUGAGGCAGCCAACAGCACUGGGGUCCGGCGGCUGACCGUGGAGCUGACCGUGGAGCGAAACUCCAUGAAGAGUUAUGGUCUGUCUACAGAUAAGUCUGCCAGUCUAUCUGCCAAGACUUCAGGUGGCAGGGGCCCGUGUCCAGCGCUCCCGGGGGGCAGCCUCUGGGGCGAGAGCCCCCCAAGAUUCGCCAGCAAGCUGAGCCGCGUGAUGGUGAGAGAGGGGCAGACGGGUCGCUUCUCCUGUAAGAUCACCGCCCGCCCCCAGCCCUGCGUCACUUGGACCCAGGGAGCUGUCCAGCUGCAGCCGGAUGACCACUUCGCCAUGUUUGAGAAGUCCGGGCUCUGGUGCCUGGAGAUCCGUGCGGCGCGGAUGGCGGAUGCCGGGGUCUACACCUGCACGGCGGUCAACCGCGCUGGGCGGGCGGCCAUGUCCGCCGCCCUCGUCGUCCAGGGCUCGGAGGGAGAAGACACAAGGGCUUCCGGCCGCUCCGUGGGCGCCACCCGUGGAGCAGCCGGCCCAGUCCCUGAACAUCCAGCCGACCUGUCAGCGGCUUCCCCGGGCGUCAGGGAGGAUCUGAACGGCUGCUCCGAAAAGAACAGUGGUGCUCCCAGCCGGCCCUGCCCAGAGCCCUCCCAGGCCCUGCCUGCCCCCUCCCUGCAGACCACCUCUUCUGGGACACUGAAGGCCGCCCAUCCGCAGCACCCCCUGCACCAGCUGGAGGAGUGGAGGAGGCCGACGAAGACCCCACCUCCCCUCGGCCCCCGGCCCCCGGCCCUCACCCCCCGGCCAGAGGAGUGGAGGAGGCCAACGCAGACCCCACACCGAUCCAUGGUCACUCCUGCCACCACUGGACCUUUGAGGGGCUCCCUGCAGGACAGGGGGGAGGACUUGGGGUCACCUUCCCGCUUUGAUACACACCCCCAAGCCCCAGGAGUGCUGGAAGGGCAACUGGCUGAGUCAAGAGUCAAAGCAGAGCCCGGGGAGGGCCAACAGGCCCCCAGCUUCUCCAACCCAUUGACCGGCUGUGUGGUGUCCGAGGGCCAGGACUUCACUCUGCAGUGCUCUGUGCGUGGCCGACCUGACCCGCUCAUCUCCUGGCUGCUCAAUGGUCGCCCGAUUCGAUAUGCCCACGUUUCCCUGGUUGCGGGGCUGGCGGAGCUGCGGGUGCAGGAUGCGCUUCCCGAGGACGACGGCCGCUACACCUGCGUGGCCGAGAACUGUGUCGGGAAGGUCUCUUGCAGCGCCACUGUCACCGUGCGGGAAAAGAGGAGCAGCAGGGGGAGGGACCAGGCCCCUGUGCCCACACUUGCCCUCAAGGCGUCUGCCCCCGUGUUCCUGAAGGGACUUGCUGACCUCGAGGUCAUGGACGGCAGCCCGGUCAUCAUGGCGGUGGAAAUAGCCGCCCACCCGCCGCCCAAGGUCGUUUGGCUGCACGACGGCGUGGAGAUCCGGGAGACGGAAGAUUUCCACCUGGAGGAGCUUGACGGGGCCUUCAGCCUGUACAUCCAGGAAGUGUUCCCCGAGGACACAGGAACUUACACCUGCCAGGCCGCCAACAGCCAGGGCCGCGCCCACAGCCAAGCCACGCUCACCGUCAGAGUGCCUCCGGACGGCGUCCAGCCGUGGUUCAUCAGUAAGCCGCGCUCGGUGACGGCCGCCCCGGGCCAGGACGCGCUCAUCUCGUGCGCCGUGGCCGGAGACCCCUUCCCCACCGUGCGCUGGGCCCGCGACGGCCGCCCCAUCCGGCCCGGACCCGACAGGCGGUUCCUGCACCACCGCGACGUCUUCACCCUGCUGCUGAGGGACGUGCAGCCCUCAGACGCCGGCCUCUACGAGAUCCGACUCCGGAACCGCGUGGGAGAGAGCAGCUGCCAGGUGUCACUGAUGCUGAGGGAGGGACCGGACCCCCGCGACCCCCUCCCGGGGGGGCGUCCGGCCGGCCCCAGACCCCAGGCGGCGGCAGGAGGCGGCGGGGGUCCCAGCGGGGAGCUCCAUGGGGCGCUGAGCGACCACCGAGAGGCCCGGGCGGACCAGGCGGAGGGCGGCCGGGGGCCGCUGCGCAGGGUAGAGAGGCCGGAGGAGAGGCCGGAGGAGAGGUCGGAGGGGAGGCCGGAGGAGAGGCCGCGGAGGCGGGAGGCCGAACACAUGGAUUACCGCGCCCAACUGCAGCGGCCGGUCAAGCCCAAGGCCCUGUCCGAGGAGGAGAGGAAGGGUCACGGCCCCCAGCAAGUCGACUUCCGUGCCGUCCUAGCCAAGAAGGGGCCCCCCAAAACAGCGGCGACGCCUGCGCCCCCGAAGCCGGCCGGACCCCCCGACUUCAGGGCCGUUCUGGGCGCCAAGAAGAAGCCCCCGGCCCAGAACGGCAGCGCCAACGCCGAGGCACCCGAGGUCAAGCCCGAGGCCAAGCCCGAAGCCAAGCCCGAGGCCAAGCCUGUGGCCGACUCAAGGGACCAGAUUGCCAAACCAGAGGGGACCCAGGCGUCCGGGGUUGUCGACGGUCCGCAAACGGCCGGGGGCCACAAAGAUGUCGACAGUCUGCAACCGGCUGGGAGCUGCAAGCUGGCGGGCAAGGACGAGUUGAAAAACGACUUGAGUCACGACGCCCGGGAGGCCGGAGGGGCCGGGGGCAAGGCGGAGGACAAGGGGGCAGCCCCUUCCUUCCUCGAGAAGCUGCGGGACCUGCAUGUGGCCGAAGGCGAGAGGCUGGAGUUACGUUGCCGGGUGUCAGCCGACCCCCCGGCCACGGUCACCUGGGCGCUGGACGGCAAAACCCUCAAGUCCACCAAGUUCAUCGUCUUGGCUACUGACGGGCCCCUCUGCUCCGUCACCAUCGAGAAGGCUCUGCCCGAGGACCAGGGCCAGUACACGUGCGUUGCCAAGAACGCCGCCGGGCAGGCUGAGUGCAGCUGCUGCGUGACUGUGAAGGGUGCUCCAGCUUCGGCGCAGCCCAAGGUUCCAGAGAUGAAGGCCCGCAAGGCCCGAUCCUCCCUCCCCACUGUGCUGGGGAACGAUGGAGACGCCACGGUCAAGAAGAAGCCCGCACCCAAGACCCCACCGAGGGCAGCGAUGCCCCCUUCCAUCACCCAGUUCCCAGAGGACCAGAAGGUGCGGGCUGGGGAGCCUGUGAAGCUCCUCUGCAAAGUGGCCGGGGACCCCCCCCUCACCUGCACCUGGAUGAAAUUCCGCAAACAAAUCGAGCCGAGCGAGCUGAUGGAGAUCGAGAACACAGCAGACAGCAGCAAGCUGACCAUCACGGCAGCACGCCAGGAGCACUGCGGCUGCUACACGCUCGUCGUGAACAACAAGCUGGGCAGCAAACAGGCCCAGGUCAACCUCACCGUCGUGGACAAGCCGGACCCUCCGGCGGGCACCCCGUGCGUGUCGGACGUGCGCAGCUCGUCGCUGACACUGUCGUGGUACGGCUCGUCCUACGACGGGGGCAGCGCCGUCCAGUCCUACACGGUGGAGGCCUGGGACUCGGUGGAGCGCGCCUGGACGCCCGUGGUCACCUGCUGCAGCACUGCGCACAGCGUGCAAGACCUCCUGCCUGGGCGCCAAUACCGCUUCCGCGUAAGGGCCACCAACGUCUACGGCACCAGCGAGCCCAGCCAGGAGUCCGACCCCACCGCAGUCGGCGAGAAGCCCCCCGAGCCCAAGGAUGAUGUGGAGCUGUCUGAUGACGAGGAGAAGGAGCCGGAGGUGGACUACCGCACGGUCACCGUGAACACAGAGCAGAAGGUGGCCGACUUCUAUGACAUCGAGGAAAGACUGGGAUCGGGGAAGUUCGGACAGGUGUUCCGGCUGGUGGAGAAGAAAACGGGCAGCGUGUGGGCAGGGAAGUUCCUGAAGGCCUACUCGGCCAAGGACAAGGAGGACAUCCGCCGCGAGAUAGGCAUCAUGAACUGCCUGCACCAUCCCAAGCUGGUCCAGUGCGUCGACGCUUUCGAGGAUAAAGCCAACAUAGUCAUGGUUCUAGAGAUCGUCUCAGGGGGGGAACUGUUUGAGCGCAUCAUCGAUGAAGACUUCGAGCUGACGGAGCGCGAGUGCAUCCAGUACAUGAAGCAGAUCUCGGAGGGCGUCCAGUACAUCCACAAGCAGGGCAUCGUGCACCUCGACCUCAAGCCGGAGAACAUCAUGUGCGUCAACAAGACGGGGACCAGGAUUAAGCUCAUCGACUUUGGCCUUGCCCGCCGGCUCGAGAAUGCUGGCUCGCUUAAGGUGUUGUUUGGCACUCCCGAGUUUGUGGCCCCCGAGGUGAUCAACUAUGAGCCCAUUGGUUACCCCACCGACAUGUGGAGCAUCGGUGUCAUCUGCUACAUCCUGGUGAGUGGCCUGUCUCCGUUCAUGGGAGACAACGACAACGAGACCCUCGCCAAUGUCACCUCAGCCACGUGGGACUUUGAUGACGAGGCCUUUGACGAGAUCUCGGACGACGCCAAGGACUUCAUCAGCAGCCUGCUCAAGAAAGAUAUGAAGAGCCGCUUAGACUGUACCCAGUGCCUCCUGCAUCCGUGGUUGAUGAAAGACACCAAGAACAUGGAGGCCAAGAAGCUGUCGAAGGACCGGAUGAAAAAGUACAUGGCCAGAAGGAAAUGGCAGAAAACGGGCAAUGCGGUGAGGGCCAUCGGCCGCCUGUCCUCCAUGGCCAUGAUCUCGGGGCUCAGCGGCAGGAAGAGCUCCUCGGGUUCCCCCACCAGCCCCCUCAAUGCCGACAAGCUGGAGACCCCAGAUGACGCGUCCCAGGUCUUCCUGGAGGCGGUGGCCGAGGAGAAGCCGCACGUGAAGCCCUACUUUUCCAAGACUAUCCUGGAUAUAGAGGUGGUGGAGGGCAGCGCCGCACGGUUCGACUGCAAGAUCGAGGGCCACCCGGACCCCGAGGUCGUGUGGUUCAAGGACGAGCACUCCAUCAAGGAGUCGCGACACUUCCAGAUCGACUACGACGAGGACGGGAACUGUUCGCUGACCAUCGCCGACGUGUCCGGCGACGACGACGCCAAGUACACGUGCAAGGCCGUCAACUGCGCCGGGGAGGCCACCUGCGCCGCUGAGCUCAUCGUGGAAACCAUGGCCAGCGAGGGCGGCGGCGGCGGGGCCGGAGCGGGGGGCGACGAUGACCAGGAGGAGGAGGAGGAGGAG